AAAACCAAAACACAGAACAAAAAAAAACUGGCCAAAACGGAUUUAUCCAAUCGUAACGAUAUUUUCCCGCCACGACACCAUCUAGUGGGCGUUGGAAUUGUGGCAAACGAAUCACAACAUUGUCAUCAACGACAACAACAACAACAACAAAAACGUCGAAAACGAAGAAUAUCAUCAUCAUCAUCACCAACAUUAUCGAUAACAUCAUCGGUAUCAUCAAUUGGAUCAUCAUCAUCGGUAUCAACAAUCGAUCACCAUCAUCAUUCAAUCAAUCAAACAACAAAUAAUAAUAAUAAUCUAAUCAAACGAAAGUAUUCAACCAACAAGCGAGCAACAACAAUAACAUCACCUAAAAAACAUCAUCACAAUCGAACAUCACAAUCGUUCAAUACAACAACAACAACAACUGGUUAUUGUCCUUCACCUUCAUCACCGCCACCAUCACCAUCAUCAACAAAACAGCCAUUAUCAUUGGCAAAUCAAUCUUCAUCAUCUGCAUCAUCGAUAUCAUCUUUGAUUGAAAAAUCUAAAACAACGGCGCCUCAUCAUCAAUUAUCCUCAUUAUCAUCAUCAUCAUCAUUAUCGACGGCAUUAGCAUCGUUUGGUGGUGGUGUUGGUGGUAUUGGUGGACCAUUUGGAUCAACAGCAACACAUCUACAUGGUAUGACAGCACUUGGCCUUGGUGCAGCGGCCUUAGCUGCACUAUCGGCAUCAGCAAUGGCAAAUGGUGCAAUUGGAUUGGCUGCUACAUCACAAGCGUCACAAUCGCAAUCAUCAUCAUCAUCAUCAACAACAUCAAAUUCAUCGGGAAAUUCUUCGGGAAAUCAAACAUCAUCACAACAACAACAACAAGCAGCGGCUGCUGCGGCAGCUGCAGCUGCUGCCGCAGCAUAUGGAACACAUCCAGCUGCUGCAAUGUUUAUGUUACCAACAUUAAAUUUUACUGUUGGACAAGUUGCGGCUGUUUGUGAAACUCUGGAAGAAAGUGGUGAUAUUGAACGAUUAGGUCGAUUUUUAUGGUCAUUACCGGUUGCACAUCCAAAUUGUGCAGAAUUAAAUAAAAAUGAAUCUGUACUUCGUGCACGAGCAUUAGUUGCAUUUCAUGCUGGAAAUUUUCGUGAAUUAUAUCAUAUACUUGAAAAUCAUCGAUUUACAAAAGGUUCACAUUCUAAAUUACAGGCAAUGUGGCUGGAAGCACAUUAUCAGGAAGCGGAAAAAUUACGUGGCCGUCCAUUAGGUCCUGUCGAUAAAUAUCGUGUGCGGAAAAAAUUUCCAUUACCUCGAACAAUAUGGGAUGGUGAACAAAAAACACAUUGUUUCAAAGAAAGGACCCGAACAUUAUUGCGUGAAUGGUACAUUAAUGAUCCAUAUCCAAAUCCAACAAAAAAACGUGAAUUAGCACAAGCAACUGGACUAACACCUACACAAGUCGGUAAUUGGUUCAAGAAUAGACGUCAACGUGAUAGAGCGGCUGCUGCUAAAAAUCGACAAAUGGCACAACAAAUGCAUCAUAAAAUGCAUCUACAACAUCAUCAUUUAAGUGGCCGUAAUGUAUCAUCAGGUUUACAUCAUCAUCAUGGUUUACAUCAUUCAUUUGGCAGCCACCAUCAUAAUCAUCAUCGAAAUUCAAGCUUAGGCUUCAGUAACAAUAACAAUGCAACACCAACAAUAACAUCAUCAUCAAUAUCAAAUCAUAACCAUAAUAAAAAUUCAUCAUUACAUUGUUUUAGUGUUGAUGCAUUAGCUGGUAAUAAUCAUAAUAAUCAUCAUAGUGAUACAACAACAACAAGUUCAAAAGAUGAUGAUUUAGAUGAUCUGGAUGAUGAUGAUAUUGAUGAUUUAGUUGGCGAUGAUGAUGAUGAUGAUAUUCCAUUAAAUGUUACAUCAGAUGAUGAUAAUGAUGAUGAUGAUGAUGGUAUGAUGAGUAUUGCAAGCUGGGAUGAAGAUUGCGGUGGUGGUGGUGCUGGUAUCGAUGAUGAUUCUGAUAAUGAUCCAUUACAUAAUAAUCGUCAUAGCGAUGAUGAUGAUGAUGAAGAUGUUGAAAUUGAUGUUGGUCCAAUAAGUCCUACGGUUGUAUCAACAACAUCUGAAUCAAGUAAUCGUGGUGGUGGUAAUAAUAAUGGAACAACAACAGCAAUAUCAGCAACAACAUUAUUAUCAUCAUCAAAUAAACGUCGAAAACGUUAAUGAUUUCAAAUUAGAAACCUUUCUUCUUUUUUUUAUUCAUUCACCAAUCAUCAUCAAUCAAUCAUUACAUCUUUACAUUAUAAAAUUUGU